AUUUGGUGGCCCCAUGGGCGGCAAGAUGGUCGCGACAUCUGCGACAGGAUCGAGCAGGGUGGCACCCGUGCUUCUUGGAGACGCGUCCCACGCAUCAGGCAACAGCUUUACACUCCGUCGUAGCAAGUUGUCGUGGGAAAUCACGUACACGAAGACGGGAACGUUUGACCCGGACGCGUUCAGGAUGCUGCUGUGGCAGAUGGUGCUGUUGUUGUGCAUCGUCAUUCAGGCGUGGGUCGUGCCGUUCCUCGUGUGCUUUGAACACAUCCAUCCCGAACUCCAGGACGGGUCGUGGCUGAUGAAGCUCACGUGUGUGUUGGAGGUUCCGUUCGCGGUUGACAUGUACGUCCAGUCGCGCAUGGGGUACUACGACAUGGGCAACUUGAUUCGAAACGCCAAGAGCUCGCAGCGAAGGUACUUGAAGUCGCGGAGGUUUGUCAUGGACGUUGCCGCCAUCGUGCCGCUGCCGUGGGUGUUUUGGAGCACGAGCGGCAUCUACCUCGCCAACAAGCUUCUUCGGUUCCACAAGCUGCCCGUGUAUACCCUUGCGUUCGACAAGGUCUUGGCGCGGUACUUUACGUUUUGCAAAGUUGUCAAGGCUGUCGUGGUCAUUCAUUUCUUUUGUCACUACAUGGCGUCGCUUUACGCAGCAUUUGGCAUGUCCCCCGAGAAAGGGUACUGGAAAUUGCACGGGUCCGAGGACUUAGAACACCAGCAUGUGCUCACGACGUACUUUUCGGCCCUCUUUUGGUCCCAAGGGCUUGUGUCCAAAGUCGUAGAAGGAGAUAUCCCGCGCACACUUGCCCAAACUCUCUUCACAAUAGUUGUGAUGCUGGGGGGAUUUUUGCUCUUUGUCUACAUAUGCGGGACCUUGUUUAUGAUAUCGAAAUGCGACGCCAACAGCACGGAGCGAUUCAAUUCAAAGAUCAACCAGCUUCGACAUGCAUUGUCGUACCACCAAGUCCCGUCGAGUGUGCAAGAGCGCGCGAUCGAGUACUUGGAGAACGGGUUCAAGAGCGGGGAAUCGAAUGAUCGCAACACGAUGAAAUUACUCUGCCCGUCCAUUUCGAAAGACAUCAAGUUCUCGCUGCUCAAAGACAUGACGUUGGGAGUGCCGUUUUUCAAGUGCUGCAGCGCCGCCGUGCUUCGAGCAUUGAUCGACUUGAUGGAGACGCAGUCGCUUCCAACCAACUUUAUUGUCAGUAAGGCUGGCGACCACGAAACUGGCAUCUACAUUGUCCAGUCUGGUGUGCUCGCCGUGCUCCACAACGACACCAAGGUUCGAGAGGUUCGAAAAGGCGGGUUUGUCGGCGAGUUAUCCCUCUUUUCCAACCAAGUUCGGUCGACCACAGUGGCAACUGCAACGUUUUGCAUCCUACACAAACUCUCGCGAAGCCACAUCCACCGUGUUCUACGGGCGUACCCACAGUUCAAGUCGGAGAUCAUGGCGUGCGUAAAAACCAUGUUGGCUGAACGCGAUCGGGACGGGUCCGACCCCAAGCAAACCCGCGCCAAGAAGCCCAUCAAGGCGGCUGCGAACUGGCGCUCCUUGCGGCAGCACCUGGGCAGUGCCAAGAACCAUCUUCUUGCUCAAAACCUUGUCACGGCGUCCAAUUCAGUUGAUCCAGUCGUCGUGGCAAGUCCGGUGGCUCUCGGAGGCAGCAUGCGACGGUCAAGCAUGCACUUUGUCGAGUUCAAACAAACGUCGGUUGUGGCGCUAGGCCAAGGCGUGACAUCAAAGGACAAGGAUCAAGGCAUCGUCAAGUCCAUGUUGUUGCUGCGUUGCAUAAGACACAUGCGCGAAUGGAAGCUUCAGCAUUGCUUGAUGAAGCACGCCAUCCAUCGCAAGUCGAAAUUUCGCCUCGUUUGGCUCGUCUGCGUCAUGCUCACGAAUCUAUACAACACCAUCACGGUUCCCUUGGUCAACACGUUUCAGCUCAUCGGGUACCCGACCCACGUUCUCGUUCUCAACACUGUGGCGGACGUCGUGCUUUGUGUUGAUAUUUAUCUGAACUUCCACUUGUCGCAUGUGGUCGAAGCCGAAGAAAUCGUCGACACCGUCCAAUGCGCGCAGCGGUACUUGCGAUCGACGUUCUUCUUUGACGUGCUCUGUGCCUUCCCGUUCUGGGUCAUGAGUCCGUCGCACCACGCGCUGUUUCGGUUUUGCCGCCUCUUGAGAUGCGUCUAUUUGCAGGCCAACUUGACUGAAGUCGAGGAGUUUGUACCUAUUGGCAGUCGAAAGCGCAUUGUCCUGCUCGGCAUAGGCCUCUUCGUGUGCUACCACUUUGCCGGGUGUAUGGUCCACUCGUUGACGUUUGCGAUGGGAUUCACCUCCAACUCGCACGGAUGGCUGCCGCCAAAGUCUCUCCAGCUGGACAACGUGUUCAGCGAAACCACCGGUGCCUUGAUAGGGUAUCACUACAUGGACGGUUCCGUGUUUGUGCCGGUGGACGACGCGUUGGUGACCAAAGUGCUUGUCAAGCAGUACGUGCGAAGCCUCCACAACGGGGCAGUGUGUCUCACGAGUCUGAGCCUGACGUUGGAGCCCGACGUCCUGCCAGAGUAUGUUUUGGCGGUGGUGCUCAUGCUCAGCGGCAUGCUCGUCAUCUCGCUUGUGAUUGAUGAAGUCCAGAAACGCGUGACGGCGUCCGACUUGGACCAGAUGGAGUUUUUGUCGUUACGAUCGCGCGUCAUGCACUUUUUGCACAUCCAAAAGGCGCCGCUGGAGAUCCAUCGCCGAGUUUCGUCGUCGAUGGACUUUUGGUGGAGUAUUCACCGUGGCGCGAACAUCAACGAGAUGUUGAGAGAGGUGCCCAACAGCAUCCGGCGCGACAUUUACAGCUCUAUUUGUGCUCCAGUGUUGGACUUGAUGGAACAAAUGGACGGCAUCAAGCCGCACUUGGAACAACUGACCGGACUGUUCCUCGACAACGUGGUUAUUCACUUGUACGGCCAAGGGGAGAUCAUGUACCGCCGGGGAGAUUACGCCGAUGCGUUGUACGUCUUGUUGGUCGGUGACAUCGUCUUGGUCGCCAACACGCGGUCUUCCAAAGCCAUGCCCCAGCGAUACGUGAAGCCAGGCGAGAUUUUUGGCUGCUCGAGUUUGUACAUGGGAAAGGACUGCGGAGUUCACGUCGACAACGCCAUCGCUCGAAGUGCUUGCGUCGUCGCGUUGGUCGAUCGACCAACCAUUCAAUCGUUGAAUGCGAAAUUCCCUACAUUUUGCACCAAUUUGCUGAAGAAGGAACAGAAAUUGCUGGCCGAGCACCGGGCCAUGACGCGGUUACUCGAGCAGAAAGAAUUGGCUGUAUUGACUAGUCAAAAAAACAACGGGACGAUCGACCCCGAUUCCAAUGUUUCCGUCGCAUGGGAGACUAUCCUGUUCUUUGGAGCAGUGUUUCAGCUGAUCCGAGUGCCGUACUUGUUGGCGUUUGGAGUCGCCCCAACGAUCAACGGGCGCGACAUGGUUGCGAUCGUGGUCGAAGUCCUCUUUGCUGUCGAUAUCGUGCUCAAGACGCGAACCGGGUAUUACUCGUUUGGAAACAAGGUGACGGACAAGGUCAAAAUACGCCAACGGUACUUGCUCUCGAUGACGUUCGUGAUGGAUGUCGUGGCUGUGCUGCCCGUGGACCUCGUCAACGUCGUCACGUCGAAACGUAUGGAAUGGCUCAACGCCAACAAACUCGUACGUCUGCUCAAGUUGUCGUCGCGUAUCGAAAAUCUCGAGCGGCACUACUACAACGUCAGCAUUCCCAUCCGAGUGUUUAAGCUCGUCUUUUACACGUUCCUCCUCGCCCACUUUAUCGGGUGUACGUGGUACAACUUUGCAAGCGAUGCGGCCGACGUCAUGGAUUACAAUGGCGAGAACCAAUUCGGACGGUACCCGUGGCUUCCCGACAAGAACAUGGAUGUCGCCAAUGCCAACACGUCGGAAAUGCACAAAUACCUCCGCGUCCUGUUUUGGGGCUUGGGGCUGUCGCUCGGUUUUUACAAGGGCGAGCACCCCGAAACAAUCCCCGAGUACAUCUUCACAAUUGUUGUCCAAACCGUCGGCGUGUUUCUGCUCGCGUACCUCAUCGGCAACCUCCUUGACAUCGUGGGCGUCACGGAAGGCAACAAUCGCGUGUUUUACAGCAACUUGAAUUUUGUUCGAAAGCUGACCGAGUACUUUGAGUUUUCCGACGACGUCAAGGCCAAGAUCCAGCACUAUUACUUUUACCGGUUGUUUCAUAGCAUUCAUGAAGAGCACGUCCUGACCCAGUGCUUGCCGCAGUCGCUCGUCGCGGACAUUCGGCUGUUCUUGUUGACGCCCAUGUUGAAAAAAGUCCCGUUCUUCCAAAACGAGACGGCGACCUCCAACAUUACGCGGUCGUUGGUGCGCCAGUUGACCCAAGUCCUCGUGACUCGCCAUGAAAUUGUGUGCCGUCAGAACGAAAUUGGCGUCGACAUGUACUUUGUCUUCACGGGGUGUUUGGAGGUGUACGUGGCGUCUUCCCAAGUGCACGGGAACCACGGCAUUGAAUUCGUCAACCAUCGCGGUACUAAGGUCAACGAAAUCGUGGCCGGGUCGUUUUUUGGCGAAAAGUCGUUGUUUUCGGACCAGCCCCGCAACGCGUCGAUCGAGGCCAAGACGUUUUGCACGUUGUACCGGUUAUCGCGCAACCAUUUGGAAUCGGUCUUUGCGCAACAUCCUGAAUGGAAGGUCAAGGUCAUGCAAAUUGUAACCAAGAUUUACGAAGUUCAAGCCAAGGCGUAUCGCGAGCGGUUGGCAAGUGAAGCCGUUGGCCACAAGACCGAAGGCAUUCGACAGAAUGGGUCGACCAAAGGACCCGUCGAAAGUGCGUGCAGCAUUCACAACCUGUCGUCGGGGUUCGAGGACAACGACGUGGUCGUGACCGCACCGUGGAGGCACACGUGGAAACGAAACCUCAUGUCGAUCGAGAUCCAGUCGCGUUGGUAUCGCGUCUUUCUCGUGAUGUUGUGUGCCGCAUUGUUGUACAUUGCCCUGAGCGUGCCGUACUUUGUUACGUUUGGACAAUCCGCCGACACGUCCUCGAUCAGCAUCGCUAUCGUGGCGCUCAACAUCCUGUCGGACGUUGUGUUUGCCUGUGAUAUUUGGUUCAAGAGCCACGUCGUCGAAACGACGGUGUCGCGCGAGUUUUACGAACAUUCGUAUCAUUACGAAGGCACGAGCAUCGCCUUGGACAUCCUCGCGAUCGUUCCAAUCGACUAUGCCGUGUCCCCCGUCGCCGGCAACGCGUAUAUUUGGCGUCUCAACCGGUUCAUGAAGCUUCGUCAGUUGGCCCAUGUCAUUGGCGAACUCCAGCGCUUCAGCAUGUCGUACGAAUUGCAUCGCCUUCAGACAAUGGCACUGUAUUACAGCGUCCUGUGUUACUGGACGGCAUGUGCAUUCUUUGGGUUGACGUUCGUCGUGGGGUUUAGCACCCAAUGGAACUCGUCGCUACCGCACGAAUAUUUUCAAGUGCGUACAACGUAGUUGUGACGGUGAUGAGCGUGUGCCGUCGAAUUCAUGCGUUUGUAGUCGUCGACGAAUCGCUCGGACGUACUGUUUUCGCUCCACCAAUUCGCGCGAUGCUGUUACUACGGCGUGAAUUUUUUCACGGGGUCCGGACGAGUGUACGAACCGACGGUGAGUUUACACUUUGUAUUCCACUGCAUCGUAGCCGUGUUUGGUGUCUUCGUGAUGGGAUACAUCAUCGGCGAAGGCUCGACGUUGUGCAUCUACCUCAUUCAAAACGAAGUCGACUACAAGAUCAACCAGAUGAACGUGAUGGACUUUUUGACUCGAAAACGCGUCGACGUCCACCUCCAUUCGCGCAUCCAGAAAUUCAUGACAUUUUGGUGGGCUUUUCAAAACGGGGUGCCGUACCAAAUGAUUCUCGAACAGCUGCCCAGUCGUAUACGUGCCCAGGCCAACAUCGACGUUGCACGGAGAAGUUUGUCUCGCUUUGCUGUGCGGUACAUUCGUCCGCUCGUCCACCAUACCCCCAUGGGCAUCGAUCCAGUCAUACACAGCAUAGCCCAUCGCUUGGUUUACGAAGGGUACCCCACCGGCGAAUCCGUCAUUGUGCAGGGAAACAUUGGUCACACCAUGUACUUUGUCUCGACAGGAGCGCUUGUGUCGGUGUCGACGAGCCACAACUUUGUCUCGGUGCGGUACGACGAAAACCAGUUCUUUGGCGACGAUGGUUUGUUCGAUCAUGCGGCACGCCACUACUCGGUCGUGACGUUGCGAGCGUGCGAUUUGUUGGCCCUGACGGCGAGUGCACUCAUGGCAGCGUUGCAUGAGCAUCCUCGCCUGUCAGAAUGCUGCAAAGUGGCCACAGACAUUGCGGCUCGGCUGUCGAAAGACCUGAACGGUCGACAAGUUGGUGCGAUGAACAUCGGCCGGAUGGUGUGCGACGAGCUGGUCCGAAACAUUUGCCAGCUCAAGUAUUUGAACCUGAUGGACUUCGAACCAGCAAACGUAAUGUUUGGCAACUUUAUCCACCUGUUUGUCCUGAGCAGACCGGUCGGGGUCGUCGACGCAGACAACACUACGAUCGAGGUUUGCCAGCACUGCGAAGAUCGGUCCGCCGACCAGUACUGCAAGCUUUGUCAUCAAGUGUUGUGCCCCCAGUGCGCCUGCGACAUCCACGACAACUCGUACUUUGCCUUCCAUACCAAAACCAUGACUAAGUUGGACAAACCCAUGUCCCGUCCGCUACUAUCAUUGACCCAAGGAAACGCGGCACCACAUCAAGUGCUGACCCAAGUCAGGGCUGGACCUCCCCCUCCCCCCGCGAGUUUGUGCGACCGCAUGUUUGGCAUUGUGCAGCAGGUCAUGCAACGGCAUCGGCGUCCUGAAGAAAUUAGCUCCAGAGUCAUUCACGUGUCGAGCGAUAUGAUGUCGGGGUCAUUUGAGGGAAGCGGAAACCACGAAGCGCCGAAACGACACGCCAAACACAGCCAUCACCGACGGUCCUCGCGACUAAGUCGCAAUAUCAGCUUGCGCGACGGCGUCCAGACUGUCCUGUUUGGGGGCAAGAGCAAUGCAGUUGUGCCUGCGUGGCAAGAUCGCCCAUCUCGUAGCCAAGGCGGCUCAUGUCGAGAAACCAAGCCCCUCGAUACGGCGGCUGCGAGGCGACGAGCAAGCGUCGAUGCCAACCAGCUCAUGAUGAAGCAACACGUCACAUCAAUAGCCCCGGUCGCAUCGCUCACUGCGACACAACGCACUCCUCCAUGGCCUGCGAAAAUUUCGACGGGAGGCCCUGUGCUUGUCGACCCAAUACAGCACGUCCCUUCCACGAAGGAUGGUGCCACUCGCAAUCUACACCAGAUAAGCCCCAACUACGACACGGGAACGACAGAAGGUCCGGCAAAGUUGCUCGUCGACUGCUCAGUGGACGGGCCAAGUCAACACGUUUUGGUUGCUGUACCCAAGACGGAAUAAGGCGAGAUAAUGUGCCAAGUGCUGCCUUCGGAGGCGCUUCCAUAAACAAUCCUGCCGACGGAUGGCCAACACAGUAAUGGGAUUACCAUGCCCAAAUGUAUACACUCGUACGACGCAUCACAACACCCGUGCCAACGUGGAGGCGCCAACGGAUCAUACGCUGAGAUAACGCAGCGACAUCAACAUAAUCGAGAAGAUCUGUUACUGC